AUGGCGUCUGAAUUACUGAAGAAUGUGCCCCUCCCAACUAUCGAUCGGCCAUUUGGUAUUCACCUAUGGCCCAUCUUCGAUCAGGCUGUCGAGAAGGUCAUGGGAUACCCUGCUAGCGAGUUCAAGUUUGUUGAGGGCUCCACCCCUCUGUCGACCUUCAAGGAGACCGCUGCUAUCCUAGUCACCUACUAUAUUGUCAUCUUCGGCGGUCGUGAGGUCAUGAAGAACCUUCCCGCAUUCAAGCUCAACACCCUUUUCAUGAUCCACAACUUCCUCUUGACUGCAGUCAGCGGUAUUCUCCUGGCACUUUUCGUCGAGCAGCUCGUGCCAACCCUUGUCCGUGGUGGUGUCUUCUACUCUAUCUGCGAGCACGAGGGUGGAUGGACACAGCCCCUGGUCAUUCUGUACUACCUCAACUAUGUCAACAAAUAUGUCGAACUCCUGGACACUGUUUUCCUGGUUCUCAAGAAGAAGCCCUUGACUUUCCUCCACACCUACCACCAUGGUGCCACUGCCCUUCUGUGCUACACUCAGCUCAUUGGUCUGACCGCCGUGCAAUGGGUUCCCAUCACCAUCAACCUCCUGGUCCACGUUGUCAUGUACUGGUACUACUUCCAGAGUGCCCGUGGCAUUCGCAUCUGGUGGAAGCAGUACAUUACCAUCCUGCAGAUCCUCCAGUUUGUCGUUGACCUCGGCUUCAUCUACUUCGCCUCUUACACCUACUUCUCCUCCACCUACUUCCCCUGGGCUCCCAACAUGGGCAAAUGUGCUGGCGAGGAGUUUGCUGCCUUUGCCGGUAUGGGUAUCAUCACUUCUUACCUGUUCCUGUUCAUCUCCUUCUACAUUGUCACCUAUAAGAAGGCUGCCAAGGUUGGACGCCCUCGCCGCAACACUGGAAAGGACACUCUCAUCGACAUGCGCAACUUUGAGAUCCCAUCCCCCGCUGGUACCAAGACUAGCGCCACCGCUAGCGACCGCUCAAACGGCCCUGUCACCCGCUCUCGCAAAGCUUAA